GUGGACCUUUCACAACUUUACUCGCAGGCUUUUGGCAUCGCGGUUUGCUUCCCAAUCACCCUCCUUGGGGCCUCAAAAAUAGAGGUCGUCGUUGCGGAGCACUUCGACUGGUUCCUCUCUUGAUAAAUUCGAGAACAUGGCGUCCCACGCCGACAGCGCGCACGACCUGCUCGACCUUGACAUCCACACGUUGAGGCUUUUCGUUGAGCUUUUUCCGGAGGACGGGCUUUCAAAGGUUAUAACGGGCUACUUGAGCAGUGGCGUAUCCAAGUACCCGCUCUCGGACGAAGUUCCAGAUCUCAGCGAAGGCGGAGUUGCCUUGACACCUCAUGCCGUUCAAGAUGCGCCUCGCUCGCAGCAAGACUGCUUACUAUUGAUGACAGAAGGCUUGGAGGAGGCGAAGAAAUCCCCAUUAGCUCACUGCCUUCUAGCCGACUAUUGGCUCUCACUGGAGGAGUACGAGAGCGCCGUAGAGCUUAGCAGACAAGGAUUAAAGCUUGCAGCAACAGAAGCGAGAAAGUCUGGUCUUCCCUUGAAAGGGAUCCAAGAUGCACUAAACAGCACUUUGGCCACCGCCUUGGUGUAUUACCAGACUCCCAGGCAUCAUGCGGAAGCCAAAGAGAUUUUCCAGUCCAUCUUGAAACGGAAGCCCCAGUUUACCCCAGCGCUCAUUGGGAUAGGGCUCAUCCUGGAGGAAGAGGAGGAAUAUGCGCAAGCAGUCGACUUCUUGGAGAAAGCCUUGAAACAGGAUCCGGAGAAUGGACGCAUCGGCGCUGAAUCCGCGUGGUGCCAGGGGCUCAACGGGAACUACAAGACGGCAUUGGACCGAUUGCAGGAAUACCUUGAAUAUCCCCAGAUGGAUGCUUCCAAACCACGAGGGAGAGAGUUACGCGCUCAGACAUUGUACCGCAUUGGUGUAUGCAUUUGGGAACUAGACGCAUCGAAAGCCGCACGUAAGAACCGGCAGGGUGCGUAUGCUAAAUUUCUCGCUGCGAUCAAGGCAGAUCCCAACUUUGCCCCUGCAUACACGAAGCUGGGUAUUUUCUACGAGGACUAUAACCACGACCGCAAGAGAGCACGACAAUGCUUCCAGAAAGCUUUUGAGCUGUCUCCUUCCGAGCUGCUUGCCGCCGAACGCCUAGCUCGAUACUUCGCCGACCAAGGCGAAUGGGACAUCGUCGAGGUGAUCGCCCAACGAGUGGUCGAUUCAGGAAAAGCUCGUGCUGCCCCAGGGUCCACGAAACAGGGUGCCAGUUGGCCAUUCUCCGCCCUUGGUGUGGUGAACAUGAAUAAGCUGAACUUCCAGCAAAGUAUCGUCAUGUUUCUCUCAGCACUCCGAAUCAGUCCGGAUGAUUAUCAUUCUUAUGUCGGUCUUGGUGAAAGCUACCACAACUCCGGACGAUAUAAUUCCGCAGCUCGCGCGUUCAACUACGCUGAAAAUCCUACUGAUGGCGUAGUCAUGAGGAAAGCGGAUGCAGACAGUUGGUUCACCAAGUACAUGUUAGCGAACGUUCAUCGCGAGCUUAGCGAGUUCAACGAGGCCAUUGGCGGCUAUGAGGAGGUCUUGAAACAACGUCCAGGGGAGUUUGGCGUCCUUAUUGCUCUUCUCCAGGCAUUGGUCGAGAAAGCGUGGCGAUGCAUCGACACAGGAUUCUUUGGAGAAGCUGCUAGUACGGCAUGCAAAGCUAUCGAUGUCGCAUCUCAGACCGCCGAUGUCAAGCCUGGUGCCUUCAAUCUGUGGAAGGCCGUCGGAGACGCUGUUGCAGUUUUUACCUGGGUACAAGAGAAGCUGCCCGAGCUCCCACAACAGAAAGUCAAAGAUCUUUUGAGCAGGCCCUCUGAGGGGGUCACUCCGAUUGAUUACGACAGCCACAAUGAUCUGGACGGCGUCGGCUCCGAUAAGUUGGCCACGUUGGUGUCUUCGACUGAGGGAGUGAGAGGGUUGCUGCCAAAAGCUCUGUAUGCUUCCAUAUUGGCCCAAAAGCGGGCCAUAGUGUCAUGUGCUGGAGACGUUUACGCCCAAGCUGUGGCCUGGUACAACCUAGGAUGGACUGAGUACCGCACCCACGUAUGCCUCGAGCAGGAGCAGGAGGAUCCUGGCCUAUCUAUACACCUGCGAGCAGCCAUGAAAUGCUUCAAGCGCGCCAUCGAACUUGAAGCUGGAAACUCCGAGUUCUGGAACUCCAUGGGGGUCAUCACAACAACGUUAAAUCCCAAAGUUGCACAGCACAGCUUUGUACGGUCCCUCAGCCUCAACGAGCACAGUGCCCGUACCUGGACCAAUUUGGGCACAUUGUAUCUGCUACAAAACGAUCAAGAACUGGCACAUUUGGCGUUUUCACGGGCUCAGUCCACCGACCCCGAUUACGCUCUAGCAUGGGUGGGCGAAGGUAUCAUCGCUUUGCUCUACGGGGAUUCCAGCGAGGCGCUCUCCCAUUUUACGCACGCUUUUGAACUAGCGGAGUCGUCCACACUGCUUACGAAGCGACAGUACGCGCUGUCUACCUUUGACCAUCUGGCCUCGUCACCAGCAGCGUCCAACAACAUUACCCACUUGGUGCAACCUCUAUUCGCCCUCAAUCAGCUCUGUUUCCAAGCUCCCCACGAUAUGCCUCACAAACAUUUGGCUGCCCUCUUCAUGGAGAGAAUCGGCAGCCACGACGCCGCAAUCAAAGCGCUCACGAGCAUCUGCGAAGCUGCUGAACAGGAUUACGAGACGUCCGAGUCUACGUCAUCUCUGGCACGGUAUGCACAGGCCAAGGCAGACCUGGCACGCAAUUUGCUGGCCACACACGAGUUCCAAGCUGCAGUUGAAGAGGCGGAGACGGCCCUUGAUCUCCUGACUGACUUCGAAGACAUCUCUGUCUUGUCCACAGAUGCAUUAAAUCGUAUACGUCUUUCGGCCCGUCUGACAGCAGGUCUUGCGCAUUUCAAUCGUUCGGACCUGGAAGCAAGUUUGACCUACUUCCGGACCUCUCUGGAAGAAACUGGUUCAGAUCCCGAUAUCAUAUGCCUCCUCGCAGAGGUCCUGUGGGCCAAAGGCGGAACUGACGAGAAGGAGGUUGCAAGAGAGCAGCUAUUUGCCGCAAUAGAAAAGCACGAACGGCAUGUUGGUAUCCUUACUCUACUGGGAGCCAUCGCCGUUCUGGACGCAGAUGCAGAGACGGCUGCUGCUGUGGUAGAUGAUCUGCAGUCCUUGCGCACUGACAAAUCACUCGACGACUCCCAACUACUCCGUGUCGAAAAGGUAUGCGAGGCCAUCGCAUUGCUGUUGGGUGGCGAGCUCGAAGCUACCAAUGAGUUGAAACGCUCCAUAGUCAUGGCACCGUGGAAAUAUGCUGCCUGGCAGGAUCUUUCUGAUGCCACGGGGCACGGCUUCCCGGCUGUAGUCACGCGGGAGACGGCCAGUAGGAGUGUGCCGCCUAAUGGAAAUCUGAGUGCAGAAGGUCUGGCAAGCGCAUUUGCUGGGACUGGCGCGGCGACGGACGCGCAAAGGGCGAUUGUGCUUGCCCCUUGGUCGCCUGAGAGCUGGGGACGGUUGACGGAGCUUGUUGCUAAGAGCUGAGCGGGAACGAGCACUGUAGGUGAAUGGCUUGCUGUUGAGAAUCUGUAUGUUGUAGAGCAUAAUAUCCUAUGUUUGUGUUGCUCGGAAAAGAGCUGCAUUAGUUCCUUCAUGUUCCUACUACUACAGUAGGCGUUUCUGAAAUUGGUCUUUGACCAGUUCAAUGAAUGCAUUAGGG